UCGAAAAUCGAUGGGUGUGUUGUUUAGUUGGCGUGUCAUUGUCAGCAAAUAUACUCGUAAACAUGGAUAGCUAUGAGCAGGAGUGUCAGCGCGCGGAGUUGUUGGGUCUGAAGGCACCAGACCAAGCUGAGUUUGAGCGUCAACGUAGCGCACGUUUGGAGCAACAGCAGGCGGAGUUAGAUGCAGCUGAAGCAGCCGUGCUCGUGGAGCAGGAGGAGCAGCUGCAGGCUACAGGCGGCAAACUUGAUGAGCUGAAUAGCAUAUUGUCCAGCACGCAGCAGAAAUUGAAUCGUUUCAAGCAAAGCGCAUGCGGCAGUCUAACCAACAUAUUUCAACGUGCUGGCAGUCUAAGUGGCGCCGCAGCGGAGGUGCCAAGCGUUAGUGAACAGCCUGUAGCUGCAGCCGCAGUUGCAACUCCCAUGCUGCCACCCACAGCGGAGCAGGUGGCUGCUGCCAAGGCAGCCAAGCAACUAAAAAUGGAUGCACAGCUAGACAAGUUGGACACGCUGAUUAAUAAGGCGGACAAUGCUCAGCUGGCUAUGAGUGAGCAAACCAAGCAAAUGCGACGCAUCGCCAAGUAAGAACAAGUCAGCCGACAGCCGACUUUUAUAUACACUUUGACAUCGAGAGAGCGAAAAAUACAUAGGUACCCCAUUAGGCCUUUACAAAUGUCAGGGUGUAUAAAAACAAUAAUUAAAGAUAGUCGCGUUAUAGCUUUUGCCUUUAUUCGCUGAACACAUAAGUUGCGGCUUAAUCACAUUAAAUCAAAUAUAUAUAGGUAACUUAACUGGAGAUUUUUCAAAUCACAACAUAAAGUUUUUGUCUUCGCACAUACACAUGUACUAUGUAUGUAUGUUUGUUAAUUAAUUAAUACUUGUUGCUAAAAGUUAUAAGCGAUA